UUUGGAUGGAUGGUGGGAGUGCAGAUGAUGGCGCUGAAUUUUCAAACUGUAGGUCUUGAGAUGCUCAUGAAUUCAACAUUAUUUGAAGAGAAUGGUUCGUGUGGGUAUGUGUUGAAACCAGAAGUGCUAAGAGACCCUGCUGCAAACAUAAAUGUAUUUGGAGACACUUUUCACACUAUGGUACUUGCGAAUCGAAUUGAGAUCAGUGUGGGUUCAUUUAAGGAUGUUACAUUUUAUUCCUCCUUAUCUUCACGAGUUAUUUCUGGCCAACUGAUUUCUACUCUCUUCCCAAACAAAACUUCUCCCUCCACUUACGUUCAAGUUGACUUUUAUGGCCUUCCUCUGGAACAGCUAAAAGAUCGCUUUAGAACAAAAGUUGUUUAUAAUAACGGCUUAAACCCGACUUACGGAUCAGUAAAGGACCCUCCUUUUGUAAUUGAAAAAAUACGAUUUCCUGAAAGAUCUCUGCUUCAUAUCCGCCUGAUGACGGAUCGUAACGAACAAGUUGCGCAUCGUCUUUUACCAGUUCAUCUACUAACAAAUGGGUAUCGACACAUAAUGUUGUUGAAUUCACUGAACCGACCAGCUGGCCCAGCUUCGAUCUUUGUACGUAUUAGGGUCGACUAUUUUACGCAGGCAUCACAUAAAGCAUUGCAAGCAGCCUUUGCUGAACCUCUGAAAAAUAAGAUCGAGUCUGAAGAAAUGACGUUAAAUUUUGCUGAUCCUCUUAGCUGUGUCAUAGAAGAUGAAACAGUGGAUACUGACGAGGUGGAGUCGGAGGAUGAAGUGUUAAAUCGGCAAAAGAAAAAUUCUUUCGUUAUGGAAACAACAACAACUUGUAAGCCAUUGGCUAAGCUAAGAAAGAUCAGGUCGUUUUAUUUUACUGUACUGCUCGUCAAAAGUUAUAAAAAGUUGAACUUUUAAAG